UUCACCAGCCACCCCUGGGACCGGGAAAUCUAAGGUGAAGACAGUACAUGACUAGCAGGCUGAAGAGCGGAAGGAUGAUGAAUUGGAAAACUUUGGCGUGGGGAGAGGGGUGGCCAGUUUAAAAGAAAUAGCCUUUCUCCAAUGGAUCUCAAUUUAUCCGUCACCCAACUGUGUCCUGUUUCUUCUUUCUUUUACUUUUUUUCAAGUUUCCCGACAUGACUUUUUGUUUACUUCCUGCUUCUGGUUAGUACUACUGAGACGUCCUGCACUUUUUCGAACAGUAAACACCUGGAAACAUUGCCCAAAGAAGAUCUCAUCAAGUUUGCCAAGAAGCAGAUGAUGCUAAUACAGAAAGCUAAGUCAAGGUGUACAGAAUUGGAGAAAGAAAUUGGAGAACUCAGAUCAAAGCCUGUUGCUGCAGGAACUGAUGAUAUUAUUAAGGCACUGACUGAACGUUUGGAUAGUAUUCUUCUGGAAAAAGCAGAGACUGAGCAACAGUGUAUUUCUCUGAAGAAGGAAAAUAUUAAAAUGAAACAAGAGGUUGAGGAUUCUGUAACUAAGAUGGAAGAUGUGCACAAGGAGUUUGAACAAUCACAUAAAAACUAUGUGAAAGAAAUUGAAAAUCUGAAAAACGAGCUGAUGGCAGUACAUUCCAGACACAGUGAAGAUAAAGCUGUCCUACUAAAAGAACUGGAAGAAGCAAUGAAUAAACAGUUAGAGCUUUCUGAACAACUGAAAUUUCUGAGUGGCUGUGAAGAUAAUGUUAGAAAACUACAAGAAGAGAUUAAGAAUAUUAGGCCGGCCUUUGAGGAGCAAAUUUUAUGUCUGCAAAAGCAGUUAGAAGCUACCAUUGAUGAAAAGAAUCAAGAGAUUACUCAUCUUCAAAAAGUCAUUGAGGCUAAUUCUCAGCAUUACCAAAAAGAUAUUAAUAGUUUGCAAGAGGAGCUUUUCCAGUUGAAAGCUGCACACCAAAAAGAGGUGAAAGAAUUGGUAUGCCAAAUUGAAGCAUCAGCUAAAGAACAUGAAGCAGAAAUAAGUAAGUUAAACCAGCUAAAAGAGAACUUAGUAAAACAAUGUGAGGCAAGUGAGAAGAACAUUCAGGAAAAAUAUGAAUGUGAAUUAGAAAACUUAAGGAAAGCCGCCUCAACUGCAACCCAAGACAAGCAGAUAUGUUCUUUGCUCUUACAAGAAGAUACUUUUGUAGAACAAGUAGUAAAUGAAAAAGUCAAACACUUAGAAGAUACCUUAAAAGAACUGGAAUCUCAACAUAGUAUCUUAAAAGAUGAGGUAACUUACAUGAAUAAUCUUAAAUUAAAACUUGAAAUGGAUGCUCAGCAUAUAAAGGAUGACUUUUUUCAUGAACGAGAAGACUUAGAAUUUAAAAUUAACGAGCUAUUACUAGCUAAAGAAGAACAAGGUUGUAUAAUUGAAAAAUUAAAAUCUGAACUAGAAGGCUUAAAUAAACAGUUUUGCUGUACUGUAGAACAACAUAACAAAGAAGUACAGAGUCUUAAGGAACAACAUCAAAAAGAAAUAAUAGAACUAAAUGAGACAUUUUUGUCAAAUUCAGAAAAGGAAAAAUUAACAUUAAUGUUUGAAAUACAGGGUCUUAAGGAACAAUGUGAAAACCUACACCAAGAAAAGCAGGAAGCUAUCCUAAAUUAUGAGAGUUUGCGAGAGAUCAUGGAAAUUUUACAAACAGAACUGGGAGAAUCUGCUGGAAAAAUAAGCCAAGAGUUUGAAUCAAUGAAGCAACAGCAGGCUUCUGAUGUUCAUGAACUUCAGCAGAAGCUCAGAACGGCUUUUAAUGAAAAAGAUGCUCUUCUUGAAACUGUGAAUCGUCUUCAGGGAGAAAAUGAAAAGUUGUUAUCGCAACAAGAAUUAGUACCAGAACUUGAAAAUACCGUAAGGAACCUUCAAGAAAAGAAUGAAGGGUACUUACUUAGUCUCAGUGAGAGAGAGACCAUGUUACAAGAAUUAGAAGCAAAGAUAAAUUCUCUUACUAAGGAAAAAGAUGAUUUCAAAAGGAAAAUAACAAAUUCUCCUGAAGAGAUGGAUAUUCUCCAUAAAAAAUGUGAAACUGAAGAAAGAUUGAUUAUUGAACUUAGGAAGAAAGUAGAGCAGACUACCCAGUACAACAGUGAACUACAACAAAAGGUAAAUGAAUUAACAGUAGGACUAGAAGAGACAUUAAGAGAAAAAGAUCAAAAUGACCAAAAACGAGAAAAACUUAUGGUUCAAAUCAAAACUCUCUCUGAAGAUCAGGAGGCAUUGUCAUCUGAAGUGAAGUCUCUUUAUGAGGAAAAUAACAGACUAAGUUCAGAAAAGAACCAGUUGAGUAAGGAUUUGGAAGCUUUUCUGUCUCAAAAAGAAGGAGAUUUUGUCCUUAAAGAACAUAUUACUGAAUUAGAAGAGAAACUUCAGUUAAUGGUUAAAGAACGAGAUAAUUUAAGUAAACUGUUUGAAAAUGAGCAAGCUCAGAAGUUAUUUGUCAAAACUCAGUUGUAUGAUUUUCUUAAACAGAUGGAGUCAAAUGUGUCAGAAGAAAAUGAAGACCAAGAUGUUGUAAAUGUCCUACAAGCUGUAUGCGAAUCCUUAGCAAAAAUAAAUGAGGAGAAACACAAUUUGGUUUUUCAAUAUGACGAAAGGGUAUUACAUUUAGAAAAAGAGAAAAUUCUCUUAAGGAGAGAGCUAGAAGAAACCCUGUCAGAAAGAGAGGCCUUACAGCUUGAUCUUCUAGAAAUGAAGAGUGCUAAUGAAAAAACAAGGCUUGAAAACCAGAAACUUUUAGUUCAGAUUGAAGAAGUAUCUCAAACAUGCAGCAUAAAUGAAAUCCAUACUGAGAAAGAAAAAUCUCUUAUAAAGGAACAUGAAAACCUAAGGCCAUUACUAGAACGAAAAGAAUCUGAACUGCAAGAUGUGAGAGCAGAGUUGAUGUUAUUAAAGGAUUCCUUAGAGAAAUUACCUUCUGUAAAAAACGAUCAACUCUCUUCGGUAAAAGAUCUGGAAGAAAAAAUAGCAAAUCUGGAGAAAGAAUCCAAAGAGAAGGAGGAAAAAAUAAAUAAGAUUAAACUAGUUGCUGUGAAGGCAAAGAAAGAACUAGACUCUAGCAGAAAAGAGGCCCAGACUCUAAGGGAAGAACUUGAAUCUGUUCAGUCAGAAAAGGAUCAUUUGUCUACGUCCAUGAGGGAUCUCAUUCAAGGAGCAGAAAGCUAUAAGAAUCUUUUAUUAGAAUAUGAUAAGCAGUCAGAGCAGUUGGAUGUGGAAAAAGAACGUGCUAAUAAUUUUGAACAUCAAGUAGAAGACCUUACAAAACAACUAAGAAAUUCAGCUUGUCAGUGUGAAAAAUUAAAUUCUGAUAACGAAGAUCUCCUGGCUCAUAUUGAGACACUACAGUCUAAUGCCAAGUUAUUGGAAGUACAGAUUUUAGAAGUCCAGAGAGCCAAAGCAAUGGUAGACAAAGAAUUGGAAGCCGAAAAGCUUCAGAAAGAGCAGAAGAUAAAGGAACAUGCCAGUACUGUUAAUCAACUUGAAGAACUUCAGCUACAAUUUCAAAAGGAUAACAAACAGCUUCAGAAAACCAUGCAAGAAUUAGAGCUGGUUAAAAAGGAUGCCCAGCAAACCAAAUUGAUGAAUAUGGAAAUAGCUGAUUAUGAACGUUUAAUGAAAGAACUAAAUCAAAAGUUAACUAAUCAAAACUGCAAGGUGGAAGAUUUGGAGCAAGAAAUAAAAAUUCAAAAACAGAAACAAGAAACCCUACAAGAAGAAAUAACUUCACUGCAGUCUUCAGUGCAACAGUACGAAGAAAAAAACACCAAAAUCAAGCAGUUGCUUGUGAAAACCAAAAAAGAACUGGCAGAUUCAAAGCAAGCAGAAACUGACCACUUAAUACUUCAAGCAUCAUUAAAUGGCGAGCUGGAGGCAAGCCAGCAGCAAGUAGAAGUCUAUAAAAUUCAGCUGGCUGAAAUAACAUCUGAGAAACACAAAAUUCAUGAGCACCUGAAGACCUCUGCAGAACAGCACCAGCGCACGCUGAGCACUUACCAACAGAGAGUGACGGUGCUCCAGGAAGAGAGCCGUGCUGCCAAGGCAGAACAAGCUGCGAUAACGUCUGAAUUUGAGAGCUACAAAAUCCGAGUUCAUAAUGUUCUAAAACAACAGAAGAAUAAAUCUGUGUCUCAGGCUGAAACUGAGGGAGCUAAACAAGAAAGGGAACACCUGGAAAUGCUGAUUGACCAACUAAAAAUCAAAUUACAAGAUAGCCAAAAUAACUUACAGAUCAGUGUAUCUGAACUUCACACAUUACAGUGUGAACAUGACACUCUGCUAGAAAGGCACAACAAGAUGCUGCAGGAAACUGUGUCCAAAGAGGCAGAACUCCGGGAAAGGUUGUGUUCAAUGCGAUCAGAGAACAUGGUGAUGAAGUCUGAGCACACACAGACUGUGAGUCAGCUAACCUCUCAGAAUGAGGUCCUUCGCAACAGCUUCCGAGAUCAAGUGCGACAUUUGCAGGAAGAACACAGAAAGACAGUUGAGACUUUACAGCAGCAGCUCUCAAAGGUUGAAGUUCAGCUCUUCCAGCUUAAGAAUGAACCAACCACAAGAAGUCCAGCUUCUUCCCACCAACCUUUGAAGAACCUUCGAGAAAGAAGAAACACAGACCUCCCACUUUUGGACAUGCACGCUGUAACCCGUGAAGAGGGAGAAGGGAUGGAGACAACUGACACUGAAUCUGUGUCUUCUGCCAGCACGCACACACAGUCUUUAGAGCAGCUUCUUAAUUCUCCUGAAACUAAACUUGAGCCUCCUUUGUGGCAUACUGAAUUUACCAAAGAAGAAUUGGUUCAGAAGCUCAGUUCAACCACAAAAAGUGUGGAUCACUUGAACCUCCUGCUUCGGGAAACGGAGGCAACCAAUGCAAUCCUUAUGGAGCAAGUUAAGCUUCUCAAAAGUGAAAUAAGAAGAUUGGAAAGAAAUCAAGAGCGAGAAAAGUCUGUAGCUAACUUGGAAUACUUGAAGAAUGUCCUGCUACAGUUCAUUUUCCUAAAACCAGGUAGUGAAAGAGAGAGGCUCCUUCCUGUUAUAGAUACAAUGUUGCAGCUCAGCCCUGAAGAAAAAGGAAAACUUGCUGCAAUUGCUCAAGGUGAAGAAGAAAAUGCUUCUCGUUCUUCCAGAUGGGCGUCCUAUCUGCAUAGUUGGUCUGGACUUCGAUAGGUUGAUAUAAAGAAAAUUAUUUAUUUACCAAAUAGAAUCCAUUUGGCAAAAAUUGUUUAUGUAUAUUACUGUCAUUCUUUUGUCAGAAAGUGUGUCUAUUUGUUCACAUCUACAUAUAUUUGUACAUAAUAUUACAGAUGUAUUUAAAAAGUCUCAGCAUGAAGUAAAAGUACAACAGCUUGAAGUGGAUAGCAGUCCACCACCCUCUAACUCAGCAUCGCAGAGACCACAGUUUCUGUGAACUCCCGUGCAUGCUGCCAGGAUGAAAACGUGAAGAAUGAAUUCACUCCCCUUCUCUGGAACCUCAGGACCUACCUGUUCCUAGGCAGUACUGUGAAUUUUGAAGUUAAAUGAAAUUUUGGUAUCAUACCAACUGGGAUUUAGGCUUUUAAAAUAAUGUUCAAGAUUGUUUAUUGCAACAUCAGACCUGCAGACAGAUUGUUAUUGUUUAUAAAUUGUUGAGAAAAUUUGGUAAUUAAAAUAUGAAGGAAGAUGC